AUGUACGGACCCAAGGUCGUGCACAAGCCUGCUGAUUUGUCGCCGGGGGAGUAUGAGACAGUCGUGGACUUGAUACCGAUGUUCGUCGAACAGGAUAUGGAAGGCGAGUUGAAGGAGUGGGGCGAUAGGUGGCUUGCCCUGUCUCUGGCGAGGAAGAUGCUCUGGAACGAUGACGGCGUCGUCAGAGGAGGAUAA